UGUCGUCUGGAGAUAUGUUCGACCGCUACACCGCACCUGCUGCUCCAUCGAGUUGGAAGAAAGAAAGCAAGUGGCAUCGCGGGGAAAGCAGCAAUGCCCCUUCAACCAAGAAGGCCCGGACUGAGGAUCUUCCAGCUGCUGCUCCCUCAAAGGAAACAACGCCACCUCCGGCACCACUCGACCAACAAUCUCCUCUUGCACCAGCCAAGCAGAACUCUACCCCUCCAACGCCAACCAACCAGACACCUCAGGGAAAUCAACCUGAAGAUGCCCUGACCAGCACCGUAGUUGGCUCAACUAGAGAGAGGAUAUACAAACUCUCAAAGCACAAACGCAGCCGAGAGGCCAUUUUCGGCACCAACUCCAUGGAGGCCAACCAGAUAAUAAAUCGAUGGUUGAACGAGAUAGCCAGUAGAUUGUUGACUAUAACUGCUGGUUGACGCCGCAUGGGGGCUUUGGUCACCCAGACCAAAGACUCCGACACCAAUUACACUGAGGCGAUGAAGGUGCUCGAGGGGAAGAACGUUGAAUUGCUCGAGAAAAACACAUAAUUGCUUAGCAAGAAUGUAAUGCCCCAAAUUUCCUAAUAAGGUUUAGAACCUUGAUUAGGAGGCCGGGAGGGCCAUAAUUGAUUUAUUAUGGUAUUUAAUGAUUAUAUGCAUGUUUACGUGAAUUAUAUUAUUAUAUGAUGGGGGAUGCAUGCAUAUGGGUUCAUAUUUUAAUUAUGAGGGCAUUUUGGUAAUUUGGCCGCUGUGGAUGUAAUUGUGUAUUUUGGGUGCAUGGUUGUGAUUAAUUAAUAUAGCCACAUUAUUAGGUGGAUUGGUUCGAGCUAUUCGGCAUGAGACGAUCGUGAGAUGUAAGUGUUCGGUCUAGUCAUAACGGGUUUAAGUUCGGGGCUCGGGGUGAGUCUCGGGAUCAUUUUGAUGACUAGAACAUUACCGGGAAUAAAAGGGUAAUGGGAUAUGAUUUAUUGGUAUUUGAGAAUAUUGAGAAUAGUGGGAAUUGGAGAGCGUAAAUUAUAAUUAACGUGAUAGGCGGGAAAGGACGGUUUUACCCUUGGAAGCCUUUAGAGGGAUUUAUUUGGCCUAGGGGCAUUAUGGUCUUUUGACCUUAAGGAUUUAUAUCAGCCUUUGAUUUUUAGAAGGCUGUGGAAAACAGAACAAAACAGAGCCCCAUCCUCAUCUCUUCCUUUCUCUCCCGUACAAGCUUUUCCCUUCAUUCUUUCUUUGAAUUUUGAGAGCCCAAAUUGAGGAGUUAAGCUAGGAGAUCAAAGGUGGAAGCUAGGGAACUUGAUUCAGCCAUUAAAGGGGAUUCAAAAUCGAGUUUGAGGUGAGUUCAGCCAUAAGUUUCUGGUUUAUACUCUGUUUUCCUUUAGUUUUUCAGCCUAUGAUUUCUUGAUGGAAAGUUUGAAUUAAUGGAAGUUUAGUUGAUGUUUAACUUGGGUUUUGAUGUGGGUGAGUUGUUGGUAAUGUUUAGUGGUUGA